AUGUUGCUUCUGAGUGCCAACGCCACUGCGGACUCACUGCUGCCCCUGCUGGUCAACUGCUCCGACUGCAGCCACCAGAGCCAAGCCCCGCCCACCGGCACCCGGCCAACCACGCCCCCUUUAGAAGCCCCUCCCCCGGUGGGUGUGGCCAAGGCUCUGCUGCUGGGAUUGGUCCUCGGCCUCUUCCUGGUGCUGGGGGUUGUGGGUAAUGUGCUUGUGCUGCUCUCCGUGGUUCUGCAGCGCCCCCUGCGGUCUGCUACGCGUAUCUUCAUCGCUAACUUGGCGUUAGCGGACCUGCUGCUCUCCGCGCUGGUGCUUCCCUUCUCUGCGCUGCUGGAGCUUCGUGGACGCUGGAUGUUCGGCCGCGCCUUCUGCGACGUGUGGGCGGCGCUGGACGUGCUGUGCUGCACGGCGUCCAUCUUGAGUCUGUGCGUCAUCGCGGCCGACCGCUACGUGGGCGUCAGCUACCCGCUACGCUACCCGGCGCUAGUCACCAGCCGCAGGGCCGCCAUCGCCCUCGUGUGUGUGUGGACGCUCGCCGCCUGCGUGUCGGUCGGACCGCUGGUCGGAUGGAAGGAGGCGGCCCCGGAGGACGAGGGUGUGUGUGGCAUAACGGAGGAGCCGGCGUACGCGCUCUUCUCGGCGUGUGUGUCCUUCUACGUGCCGCUGUGUGUGCUGUGCGUUCUCUACACGCGCGUCUACGUGGUCGCCCGGCGCGAAACGCACGCCCUCGCGCACGGCACCAAGACGGAGCGCUCCGACGACGAACACCAACACGUCACGCUGCGCGUCCACCGAGGGAACGCACUCACACACACACACACGGCGGAGGACGAGGCGCCCAGGAAGCGCAACACACACCUGGCGGUGCGCCUGCUGAAGUUCUCCAGAGAGAAGAGAGCUGCCAAGACGCUGGGCAUCGUAGUGGGAUGUUUUAUAUUGUGUUGGCUGCCUUUCUUCAUAGUAUUACCUAUAGGCUCCAUGUUCCCAGCGUAUCGCCCGUCUGAGAGUGUGUUUAAGGUGACCUUCUGGCUGGGUUACUUCAACAGCUGUAUGAACCCUCUCAUCUACCCCUGCAGUAGUCCUGAGUUCAAGAGAGCUUUCCUCAGUCUCCUGAGAGGCCAGUGCCAUCGCCGACAUGGGUAUGCUAAGAAGCUGGUUCAGGAGUAA